AGCUCGGCUGUUCUCUGCUCCUCUCAACGGCAAGUCGCAGCCAGCCCAGCCUCUGCUUCGACCCGCACCACAGAUCCUGGCACGGAGGAGAGGGGACCCCACUGCCCGCCCCAGGCCUGGGAGAGGGGGGUGAAGAGCCCCAGGAGCUGCCGAAGACGCAGAGUUACAGAUUGACUCCUGCCUGAGAACAGAUACAGGCUGCACUUCGAUCUUUAGACCUUGCAGUAAUAAAAAUACUACCAUAAAUGCCAGAUGAGGAACAAGGUUAUUUUUUUUUUUUUAUGGGUUUGCUAAGGGAGGUUUUGUUCUGGGAUUGAGAUGAAAAAAGAGUUGAAAAACAAGAGUCAGUAAAGUUUUGAAGAACAGCAAAAGUGACUCCUCUAGCCUGUUACAUUCAUCCGACGAGGGAUGCCUGGAAAAGAGCCUGGUGGAUAAUCAGCUGAACAUGAGCGCCCUGGAAAAGAAGCCUGCUGCCGCCAUGGAAACUUACCUUUCGGUAGGAGUGUGUGUGCAUCUUUAAGGACUGAAUGACUGUCCUGUUCCUGUUACUUCUCCACGUUUAUUUUCUGAAUGGGUCAGAGCAUCAAGAGAGAGACACUCCUGUUCAGUGGAAAUCAAACCAAACCCUUCAAUUAAAGCUGUGAGGAGAAGCAGAUCGAAAUAAUUAAUUAUGCAGGCUCAUAAACGGAAAUAUUUGCUUGCAAUGGGAGAGAGGAGAUGAGGAUUUAAGAGAAGCUGUAAGAACCGAUGAAAUCAUGAAAACGCUGGGAAACUUCUGCCUGGGAUCCAUCAGAUAGGUCUCACCACACCAUAACGACUGGAAUAUCUGGAAUUCACAACAUAUACAGGUGGCAACUCCAUCUUUAUACAGUUACAAUGAAAAUGAAAUUAUCGUCUCUCCACCAUGGCUCCACAGCAAGUCUCUCUCUGCCUGGUUUCAUCAUUUUCUUCAUUAAUUUACCAAUUCACAACUUGGAGUCAGCCCAGUUCACUGUCAUCGGACCGAAUCAACCUGUCACCGCUAUUGUGGGUGAGGACAUUGUGUUAUCCUGUCACUUGUCUCCCCCGAUGAGUGCUGAGAACAUGGAGGUGAGAUGGUUCCGGUCCCAUUACUCUUUCCUUGUGCAUCGCUAUCGUGAUGGAAAGGAUCAGACUGAAAAUCAGAUGCCGGAAUAUACAGGAAGGACAGAGUUUCUGAAAGACGGCAUCAGAAAUGGAAGUGUCGCCUUGAGGUUACAUAAUAUCAGACCCACAGAUGAGGGACGAUACGUGUGCUAUUUUGAGUCAACUUCCUUUUAUAAAGAUGCCCAUAUGGAACUGAAGGUGGCAGCUCUCGGUGCUGCUCCUCUCAUCUCUGUUGAGGGUUAUCAGGAUGGAGGGAUCCGAGUGGUGUGCCGAUCGGCCGGGUGGUACCCAGAGCCCGAGGUUUUCUGGAGAGGUCUCACUGGACAACAUGUACCGUUGCUGUCUGAAAGAAAAUUCCAAGGGGCUAAUGGCCUGUUUGAAACAGAAACUUCUAUAAUUAUAACAGAAACCUCAAACCAGAACAUCUCCUGUUCCAUUAGGAGCACUCUCCUCAAACAAGAAAAGGAAUCAAGAAUUUAUGUAGCAGAACUUUUUUUCCCGAAGAAAUCUCCCUGGAUCGCCAUUCUAUGCACGAUCCUGCUUAUUCAGUUAUUUUUUAUUGGCCUCUUAAUUUAUCGCUUGAAAACAAAAGAGAUGAAGGCUGCAGAAUAUAGGUGGAGAGACUGCCUUACAGAAGCAGAGAGGGUGACCCUGGAUCCAAAUACAGCAAAUCCCUACCUCAUCAUAUCUACGGAUGGGAAAAGAGUCAGACUGGAAGGCACAGACCAGGAGCUGCUCGCCAAUCAUGAGGGAUUUAGUUAUUCUCCCUGUGUGCUGGCCUCUGAGGGAUUCACGUCUGGGAGACAUUAUUGGGGGGUGGAAGUUGGGAGCAAAGGAGGCUGGGCUGUGGGGGUGGCCAGAGAGUCUGUGAGGAGGAAGGAAGGAGUAGUGAUGCUUAAUCCUGAGGAGGGAAUCUGGGCUGUAGAGCGACAGUGGUGGGGUCAGUUCUGGGCUCUCACUAGCCCUAUGACACGCCUGUCCCUAAGUAGGAAACCUGAGAAGAUUCGGGUUUCUCUGGACUACGAAGAGGGGCUGGUGGAAUUUUUCAAUGCUGAUAAUGUGAAACCGUUCUAUGCUUUCCCUUUGGCCUCUUUCACUGGUGAGAAAAUCUUCCCUUUCUUCCGGGUUGGGGGUGCAGGAGCCCAGCUCAGACUGUGUCCGUGAGAAAGGGUACAUUAUUCCACUUGGACUCACUCAAACAUGUUCUCAUCAACUUAGGAGACCUUUCAUUCAGUUUAUAAAGAUCACUCAUAACUCCUCUUUAACUUCAUACUAAUUUCCUGUAAAUAAAGAAUUUUUGAAAUAAUGGAUGUAUUUUCUGCUCUUCUCCUGUCUACUUUAUUUAUUAUUUCAGCUGCAGUUUUUUUGGGGGGGAGAAGGGUCUGCUUCCCCAUUAGGGUCACAGAUGCUCUCUUGGCAGUCUGACAAGAGCCUGAGGCCUAGUCUACACUACAGAGUUAGGUUGAUGCAAGGUAGCUAACGUCGACCUGACUAGGGAACUAAAAUAACUGCCCCGCCACAGCAAUUUAAUAACUCCACUUCCAUGAGAGGUGUAGAGUGAAGGUUGAUGUAGUUAC